GAAACUUCAGCUGCAAACAAAAGUAAGCAUUGGUUUUGGAAACGUCAUAUAAACAACAAGAUAAAAAAUGGAGACACGAGCGCGUAAGCGAUUGAAGUUAGCUCAGAAAGAGGAGGAGCACAUAGAGAUUGAAACAAAUGUGACAGAGUUUAUGGACAUGAACGAUGAUGUUAUGUACGCACUAUUUCAACGAUUGCCACUGGCGGAUUUGUGUUCGAUAAGCCAAACAUGCCAACGGCUGCAGCAGUUAUCCGGAAAACAUUUCCAGCGAAGAUAUCCAAACAAUCGUCUUGACAUCGAAAUUUUCAAUUGGAGUACAAGUGGUCUGGACGUGAAACCAGCAUGGGAAUUUCGUUUACAGCCAAAUGAACAGUAUGCCAAAGCAUUCGCUGGAUACAUUCGCAAUGUCAGCGUAUUUAUGUAUAACUAUGAAACUGAUCCAAUUGACGCCUUCGUCUACUUGAAAGCGAAUUGCUACGCGAAUCUACGGGAAUUGGUGCUCUAUCGAAUCGCUGGCCAGUCGGAAAAAUGUGGUGAACUCAUCAAAACGCAACUCAAAACAUUGGAAAGUAUUAAAUUUGAAAAUUGCUGCAUUCGUGAUAUAUACAGUGCCUUUCUCAAGCAUAGUCCAGCAUUGAAGCAAAUUUCAAUCAAAGAAGGACGCAACCAGAAUGGCUGUGUAAUGGAUUGGACAAAGCAUCGAUACCCUCAGGUGAAAAGUUUCAUUUACCAUUCGAACAAUGUGGUCAUUGAGAAUUUAGAGCAAUUUUUCCUGCUAAAUCCACAAAUUGCCAAUGUCAUGUGCUCAAGCAUGAAUCUGUUUCGGCUGUUGUUCCGCAAGGCAUGGCACCUUGACUUUUUGCACCUAUCGUUCGAAAGUGAAUACAAAUUCUAUUCGAUUGCCACCGAGCUACAGACGUACUGUCAUCAAGGCUAUGUGAAACGAUUGGAAAUGCACUUCAAAAACGGAUGGGAACCAUCACGAUUUGCUAUCGGGCGUGUCGUCGAACUGGCACCAUUGGCCGUAUGGCAAGGUCUACACGUCAAACAAGUUGCAAAGAAAAUCAACUUUCCCGCCGCUUUGGAAAAACUGCAAAACUUGACCGUCUUUAGCCUAGGCAUUGAUCAUAUGUCAAAGAAAUUACUUCAGGUCAUGUCACGUGGCCUGCCAAAUCUCAAGGAAUUACACUUGGAAUCAGCAUGGACUAGCGAGUCCAUUUGUGGAUUUCGUUUCAAGCAAUUUAUCAGACCAUUUGCCUUACACUCACCGAAUUUGCAGAAAAUCGCCAUCAAAGGCGUUACAAACACAGCAUUGAUCACCGGCAACGAUAUCGUCACAUUGGACUCUCUUCGCAAAAAAAUACCCAAUGCCAGCGUUAUAACCAUUUACCUCGACUAUAAACUCAUCCAAGGAGCCAAUUUCAUCAUCCCAGCCCACAGUCUUUUACUCAUAAAACCAUUCUCACAGCUCACACCAGACUAUCGAAAGAUCUAUUAGGAAUCCUAAUUUUGGAGGUAGUUAAUAUAAUGGCAAGUCGUUGAAGAGAAACAUCUAGUGAUUUUAAUUUACUAAAAUUGACUCUUUACUCGGGCACAUAGAAAAGAAUUGGAAAAUCUGCUUUCUCUUGGCCAUUUUUGCUAUAAAUUUGUAUAAUUUCUGUAAAAACAAAUUUUUUUUACAGGCUCUCGUUUUUAUUAUUUUUUUUUAAUUCCAAAAUUAGUGAUUUUAAUUUAUUUUAGCGAGGAAUAAGAUAUUGAUUUGAUUUUAAUUACUUGAAGAACAAUUGGUUCGAUUUGAAAAUAUCAGUUGAAUAAGAGGCAAUUAUUUCGUUUUCAUUUGAAACGAAUAAUAUGAUUUUUAACACAAUACUCAAUGAGUACUAAUUUUAAUCAAUUUAUUUUAUUAUUUGAAAAAACCAAGUUCUUCGAAGAUUUUCCUUUUGUCACGAUGGAAUUUCAUUCUAUUAUGAGGCUGUCAUAUCCACAAAAAUUUGAAUAAAAUUUAAAUUUUAAACGCAAUUUCCGAGAUCAAA